CCUAGCCUUGGGACCCUUAAACCCUUAAUACAGCUUUUCUCUGAGUCAAAGCAUUACAUCAGAGGAUUUGAUGUCCUGACAGUAAGCUCUGAGAAAGCUGCGCUGUGAUCAGUCUGUAAUCCACCAGCUGUUAAUCUGAUUCACAGAGAGCUGUAGGCUUUAAUCUGUUCUUCCAGCUGUUUCCUCACUCAUACGAGCACAGAAAUCAUCCACAGGAAGUUUGGAAAGCUUUUCCUCAAGUGUCACUCAUUAUCUGCUGAGUAAGACACUCAGCAGAAAGGGGAAACCUGUAAACCAAUCCAUGACCACAACCAGGUGUGUACUGUAAAUAUGCUGUGCUGCUGGAUGGCACCUUCUUCCAAAUGUAAUUCAGAACAAAUGAACAUUUCUGUAAUUAUUCACUUUUUUUUUGCUGUUGCUUUGCUGUCUGUGAAAUCCAUCAGCCCCUCGCAGUGACAUCAAUUUUCUGUUUAGUAAAUCAAAAUUGUUCUGAUAUCGGAAGUUAUUUUAAGUUAGACUGUUUUCUUGGAUUUGGUAAAUGUUUAAAUAUGCAAUUGUAACUCUCUGGUGCCACCUUAAAACCUGUAGUCGGUAGUAGGACAUGAUGUCGUCAGUAAACAGGAAGUAAGUCUGUGAAUUAAGGAGAAGGCAUGUGCAGCAUGGUGGCCUUAGCCAGACAAAUCCAGUGGCAUCCACAUACAUCCUUUGCCUUUGGUAGCAUUGUGGUUUCACCUUUCCCUGUGUCAAUAAACCUGUGAACCGGGAAUCAUGUCGUCAGAGUCUUGAUGUGGGGAAGGAGUUUAGCUGACUGCCCAACCAUAGCAGAGGCAGUACAGUGAAACCACACUUCCUAGCGGGCAAGAUAACGUGGAAACGCCGACAGAUGACGCGGAGCGCCGACGUGGAGGAGACUAGGGUGCCUUGGUGGUGGGAUCCUUUGCGUGUACACACCUGCCUUGUUUAGUUUAUUAGUGUGAGUGUGUGAUAGUGUGCUGCACUUGUGUCUUGGUGUGUUUUCUUUUUUUAGUUUGUGUGUGGCAUCCCUGCCCCUCCACUGGUAAGCCUCAGCUCUGAAUACCUUUUUAAGCAUAUUUGUACAUGAAUAUUUAUGAUUGUGCUUUUAUAUGGUGUUUUAAAUAAUUAUUAAUAAAUUGUUAAUUUGUUUAUCAUUGAACCUCGUCUCUGUACUGAGUAUAGCAAACCUAAGUGCCUUUUUGGUGAUUCAGUGUUACUUCCAGUAUUCUCUGGGUGAAAUUCCCAGGGUGGCGUUGUCUUUUUAAAACUGUGAAGAGUAUUUACUUUAUUUCCACCUCGUGCUGCCACACAAGCUUCAACUUCAUCACUCAAGACAGACAUCAGCCCCAGGACUGAAAAGUUAGCGUGGCAGCCAAACAAGCAUAGAGGAAUCUCAGUCUGUAAAACGGACGUAUCCUCCAGAGCUAGUUCUGAUUCUAGUAAGUUCUCAUCAAAGCUUGAUGAUUGUGAUAAAGUAUGCCCCAUUCAUGGGAAACCACACCCAUUACAUUCAGAGAAAAACCGAUUGAAAAGCGCAAGAUGUUCUUGAAGGAGCACAAUUUGUGUUUCAAAUGCUGUUCAGCAUCAUCGCACCUUGCUAGGGAUUGCAAGGUCAAAGUGCAGUGUUCUGAGUGCAAAAGUGAAAGGCACAACACAGCUCUACAUCCAGGGCCUGCACCUUGGAUAGAAGUGAAAGACCCUGCUCCAGACCAUGGCGGGGAGGAAGUUGAAACUUUGCCUCAAUCGGACAUCACAGCCAAAUGCACAAAGGUUGUCGGGGGAGAUCUGAUGGACCGAUCCUGUUCCAAAAUAUGCCUCGUGAAGGUAUAUCCAGCUGGGAACAGAGAAAAAGCAGUGAAGCGGUAUGCAAUUUUGGAUGAGCAAAGUAACAGGUCGUUAGUUCGCUCACAGUUUUUUGAAGUGUUUGGUGACAAAAGCCCAAGUGCGCCAUACAUACUGAGAACAUGUGCAGGAGUAAAAGAAUCAUCAGGUAGGAGGGCAAGUGGCUAUGAGGUGGAAUCUCUUGAUGGGACUGUCCACAUUCCAUUAUCCAGUCUCACAGAAUGCAAUGAAAUUCCCAAAAACAGGGAUGACAUUCCAACCCCUGAUGUCGCUCUUCAUCAUGCACAUUUAAAGUCACUGGCACACCUCAUCCCAGAUCUGGACCCAAAUGCCCAGAUCAUGCUUCUCUUAGGGCGGGACGUUAUCAGAGUACAUAAAGUCCACAAACAGGCGAAUGGUUCACACAACCAGCCCUAUGCUCAGAAGUUAGAUCUGGGGUGGGUUGUUGUGGGCAAUGUGUGUCUCGGCAGUGUCCAUAGGCCAUCAGCAAUCAGCUCCUUCUAUACAAAUACCACAGAGCUGCGAAGGCCAUCUAUCUUUAACCCAUGCCCUAAUGUGUUUUGUGUUAAAGAAAGGUACAGCGCCAUCCAGGUUGCAGACCAUCUUCCAACAUGUUCUGAACAAGAGUCCACCUGCGAUGUUGACCAUCUUGGAUCCAAUGUGUUCAAGAGGACCAAAGAGGAUAACCAAGUUGCUCCUUCGAUUCAGGACGCUUCAUUCAUGAAAAUAAUGAACGAUGGACUACAGAAAGACACAAAUAACAGCUGGGUAGCCCCUUUACCCUUCAAGAGUCCACGUCUGCAGCUUCCUAACAACAGGCCUCAGGCACUGAAGCGUCUCAAGUCUCUCAUUCACAACUUUGAGAGGAAGCCUGAAAUGAGGGAACACUUCCUUAGCUUGAUGGAACAGAUGUUCAAAAAUGGUCAUGCAGAGUUGGUUCCUCCGUUGGGUGAGGAGGAAGAGCGUUGGUAUUUACCAACAUUCGGUGUGUACCAUCCCAAGAAACCAAAGAAGAUCAGAAUAGUUUUUGACCCCAGUGCUCGAUUCAAUGGUGUGUCACUCAACGAUGUGCUGUUGACAGGGCCUGACCUGAACAACACACUGCUGGGUGUAUUGAUUCGCUUUAGAAAGGAAGCUGUUGCAUUCUCAGCAGACAUAGAACAAAUGUUCUACUCUUUCUUGGUCAGAGAAGAGGACAGAAACUUCCUGAGGUUUCUAUGGUUCCGUGAUAACGACCUCUCCAAAGAUAUCGUGGACUACCGCAUGACAGUCCACCUGUUCGGGAAUAGCCCCUCGCCUGCAGUGGCUAUUUACGGCCUGCAUCAAUCCAUUCAGGUCAGUGAGUUCCAUGUUGACCCUGAUGUAAAGCAUUUUGUGAUGCGAGACUUUUAUGUAUCAACAGCUAAACAGAACCGUUCUGGUUCUGUUGGAUCUCAGCUCUGCUUUUGA